AUUAUUUAUCAAAAAUCAGUCAAUGGCCCAUAUUCGCACAUCCUCACCUUGCUUGGAGUUGGCCUUAGAAGGUGAACGCUUAUGUCGUGCUGGCGAGUGGUGUGGGGGAAUUUCGUGCUUUAGAUCUGCCUUGUCCAAUGGAACAGAUGACCUUCGUUGUCUGUCAGCAAUUUACUGUCAACUUGGAAACGCCUACUUUUGCCAGAAGAAUUACUCCGAAGCAUUGGAAUACCAUCGUUGGCAUCUCACUUUGGCUCGAUUGAUAAACGAUACCGAUGGUGAGGCAAAAGCCAGUGGGAACUUGGGUCACACCCUGAAAACGUUGGGUCGAUAUGACGAUGCAAUCAAAUGUUUCAAUCGACAGCUUGAUAUUGCCCGUCAGGCUGAAGAUCAGCGGAGGCAAGCCAGAGCCCUUGACGAACUUGGUAACGCGUAUCACGCCAAAGGGGAGCAACUGGCUCGUACGAUUGGUUUGUCGGAUCCGGGAGAAUUCCCAGUAGAGGCGGCGGAUGCCCAACGAAAAGCCGUGGACUAUUACUUACAAGCGCUCACGAUGUUCCGUCAACUGGGCGAUCGGCCUGCAGAAGGUCGUGUAUAUGGAAAUUUGGGCAAUACCCACUAUUUACUCGGAAACUUUCAUGAGGCAAUCGAAUGCCAUAAAGAGCGCCUGAACUUUGCGCGGGAGUUUGGUGACGUGGCCGCACAACGCCGUGCAUACAGUAAUUUGGGGAACGCAUUCAUCUUCCUUGCGGACUUCAAUUCAGCUGCAGAAAACUACCGCCAUGCCCUGUUCCUUGCGCAACAGCUCAAAGAUAUUGCUCUAGAAGCACAGGCUUGCUACAGUCUUGGCAACACACACGGGAUACUUCAGGAUCACAGCACUGCUGUUGUUUAUCUUCUACGUCAUCUCGUCAUUGCUCGUCGGCUUGGUGACCGUGUCGGUGAGGGUCGUGCUCAUUGGUCCCUGACCAAUGAGUACACCAGUUUACGGCGUUUUGAUUUAGCGGUGCGGUGUGCUAGGCGCCAUCGACAAAUUGCACGUGAGCUUCACGACGAUGCGGGAUUUAUAACAGCACAGUUGAUGAUUCGUGAGAUAAAGUGUUUAUUGAACUCAAACGAUGCAGCCACUCCCGGUGGUGGAACUAACACCCAACUCCCGCCACCAUCGUGUGUACCCGUAGAGGGUGGGAAAGAACCACACAACGCGGUUUUACGGUGCCCAUCGAAUCCCAUCUGGGACCCUCCAUCCAGCGGACUAACAUGGUCCCCGCGAUCGGCUCCCAUACUAAGCGGAUUUGAAGGCAUUCCAACAACUGCUGCGGGGUCUUCAUCACUUAUUCAUUCUUCGAGGGGGUCAGGAGAGGAGACUGAGGAGGAUCAGGACGAUUUCGAUCCGGACUUAGAUGCGGACUUGGAAAGAGAACUGGCGGCAUCGGCAGACGAAGUGCUCGAUACUGUGGAAUUAGUCACAACAUCCGAUGGGAAAACAACAACUGUUCUUAUAGGUUGUUUUGAUAUUCCUGAAGAUGCUGUUGAGAAGAAGGGGACUAUGACAAACUUCUACUCAAACGCUCCCACAUUCCAACGGCAUUCCACACAACGCCGCGAAUCGAGUAACCAUUCGGAGGAUUUGGAGGAUCAACUAGAAAACAUAGAAGCAAUCGGUAGAGCAAAUUCAGACCGUGGUAAUGCCGAAACGACCAGCACAGCUGCAGAGGAGGAAGAGCAGGCUGAUGAUUCGCAGGAGUUUUUCUCGCUUUUACUCGCUUCACAGUCUCGUCGUAUGGACGAACAGCGAUGUUUUCUUCGUGCAACAUCAGUAACUCAGUCUGCGAUCACAUCAAAUGGGCAUGCAGAGUCAGGCGAUGGUGUUGUUCUUCCAUCGGCCACUCCAGCUCACAUUGACCAAGCAUCGAAUGAGGCGCUUUUUGAUCUAAUCGAAGGGAUGCAAGGUGACCGGAUGGAUGAUCAGCGCGCCAGUUUGCCGGCCUUUCCGGGUCUCCGCGCCGGGCCUGGUCUUCAAUUGCUUGAGAGUAGUUCGUUGAGCAACAUCCAUGGUGUCAUGUUCACCUCCACUGGAAGCGGGGCCAGUGAUGGUCUACCCGAACCUCAAAGCCGCCCGUUCUCUGUCACUCGGUUUCAAAGAGCCACUUCAUCAGCUGCAGCGGCAAGUGGCACUCCACUUGAACCGGAUGCUGAGUUUUUGGACAUGAUUCUUCGUCUACAGACUUCGACACGUAUUGACGACCAGAGAAGCAGCUUACCAGAUCCCUUGCUCAGGGUGCGAGAUGAGACAACCACACGCGACCCCAACUCUACGUCCCAGCCACUCGGAAGCCACCUAGAUUCCAGCGGAGAUGCUUGUAACCACAAUCAGGCAAUACACGCGGGUCGCCACUCAGCCCCAACAGUUCCUGACGAAGAUUUCUUUGCUCUUAUUCAACGAGUUCAGGCGACUCGCUUGGACGAGCAGCGUUGUAAUCCACCCGUGAACAUCAACCGAUCAGAUAGUUCUCCUCAUGUGGAACCUCCCAAUACCGCCCCCACCACCCUACCUGCUAACAGCAAUAACAGUGGCAACUCUAGUCAGAAAUCGACAAAGAAUCCUUCACGUCGCCCAGGUGGUAGUUGGCGCCGUUUAUCUUCAAAUCAGGGAAAGUGAUUGGUGUUCUAUUUUUCUCUCCCGUCGUCGCAAGAUCAACACCAUGAGUAUUUUCAUCAACGUUUGUCUCACCACCACCACCACCACCAUCAACACGGCGUCGGUGUAUGUCGAUCCGAGCAUUUAACUCGUAAUUCGUCGCAUACCUACAUGUGGCUUUUAUGCUUCUGUCUAUUUCAGAAGAGUUUUCUAUGUGUACUUGAUUCUACCGCCUUGUCACCAAAGAAGAAAAAUAUUGCGAU